AUGGCUGCAAGAAGCCAGGUACAGGAUCUCCAAGAGGCUGUUUUUUGUUCCAUUUGCCUGGAUUAUUUUAAGGAUCCGGUGAUUCUGAAGUGUGGGCACAACUUCUGCCGAGCCUGCAUCACUCAGUACCUGAAGGAGUCCAAAAUCUCCCCCUCCUAUCCCUGCCCUCAGUGCAGAGAAGCCUUCGGGGAAGGAGAAUUCCAGCCCAACCGGCAGCUGAGGAAUGUAGUUGAAAUAGCCAAAAAAUUCCCAGACCCGAAAGGGAAUAAAGCGUGUGAAAAACAUGGGGAGUUUCUGAAACUCUUCUGUGAAGUGGAUGAAAUCCCGAUCUGUCUGGUGUGCAGAGAGUCCCGCAGUCACAAAGAACACGCCGUGGUGCCUAUCGAGGAGGCUGCCCCGGAUUACAAGGACCAAAUUCAGAGCCGUUUGGAGAGUUUGAAGAAAGAGAGAGAGGAGAUUCUGUCGUAUAAAUUGAGUGGGGAAAAUACAAGCCAGGAACUACUGAAACAGCUAGAAACUGAGAGGCAAAAGAUUAGGUCUGAAUUUCAGCGACUGCGCCAAUUUAUGGAAGAACAAGAGCGACUCCUGCUGGCCCAGCUGAAAGAACUGAUUAAAGAAAUUGAAGAGAGGAGGGAUGAGCAUGUUGCCAAACUCUCUGAGGAACUAUCCUCUUUCAGUUCCCUGAUCACUGAGAUGGAGCAGAAGUGCCAGCUGCCAGCGAGUGUUUUCCUGCAGGACAUCAAAGGCACCUUGAGCAGAUGUGAGAGGAAGAAGUUUCAGAACCCAGUGGCCUUUUCUUCUGAACUGAAAUGGAGAAUCUGGGAAUCUUCUCAAAACUCUGCAGUUCUGGCAACCAUAGUGAAGAAAUUCAAAGACUCACUGUCGUCUAGACAGCGGUUGGACAAAGCGAACGUGACUCUGGAUCCAGACACGGCCCAUCCCCGAUUCAUCCUGUCUGCAGAUUGGAAAAGUGUGAGAUGGGGAGACACACCGCAGGCUCUGCCCAACAACCCUGAGAGAUUUGACACUAUGCGUUGUGUGCUGGGCUGUGAGGGAUUCACCUCGGGCAGACAUUACUGGGAGGUGGAGGUGGAGUGGGGGGGACUCUGGGAUAUGGGGGUGGCCAGAGAGUCUGUGAGCAGGAAGGGACGGAUCCAGGUUAACCCUGAGCAGGGGAUCUGGGCUGUGGAAUGCGGUGAGGUUUUGUAUUGUUUUUCCAUGAUCCAUAAGCGGCACCACCCAUUCUCCCUGAGCCGGGCACCCAGCAGGAUCCGGGUUUAUCUGGACUGUGAACGGGGGCAAGUGACGUUUUUCGAUGCUGGUAACGAGGACCUGAUCUUCUCUUUCCCGCCGGCCUCUUUCGCCGGAGAGAGAAUCCGCCCGUUUUUCUGGUUCUCCUGGCCUGGUGUUGGUGUGCGGCUCACACUGUGUCCCUGA